CGCCACUAGUCAUACGAUUGUUCGUAAGCGUUCGUUUACAGAGCCGUGAGCGAGAAAAGAAUGGCCAUGAUCACACACGGCAUCCAACCAUCGAAACCAAGAACUCCAACUUGCGCAUCUUUCUAUUUUGCUUUUUGGGUUACACAACAUUCAAUAAGCUGGAUCUUCCGUUUCUUUCUCUGCAAAUAGAAUGGCGUCUCUGUUGUCGAAAGCAAAACUAGUAAGUGGGAGAGAUGAAGUGUAUGUAGCGGCAAUGCCUUUGAGAGCCUCAAAAGGACCUGCCCAGUUAGUUAUGUCUGCUGCUUACUCUCUCAAUAUCUGGGAUUUCCAGCACUUCAUGGUCAUCCUCAAACCCUCCUCCCCAUUUCCUCCUCCUUCUCAGGUCCUGGUUUUUGAUUUUCAACCUAAUGAUCCUGAAGAUAUAUAUGUGGCACUUGCAGUUCUAUCUGGUAAAGAAGUACCAGGAUCUGUUCUUGUAAGGAAGAUGAAAACGUUGCCAGGAAGAAAAUGUUGGUUUGUUGGAUAUUCAGAAGCAGAUGGUGUAGGCAUUGCAAAUGAGUUCAACAAAACUUGGGAUACAUAUUUGAGAGUUGGUCUCCAUGACUGUCGUGAUUAUACCAAUGGCUUGGUCAAGCAACUCACUGGAGAAAAAGAUGUACUGGGACGCUUGAGAAGCACGGGUAACUUUUAGGGACCAUCAGAAAUUACAGGUCUGUUUUUGUUGUUACGAAUGUAAUCAACUUUGCCAAUUGGUCUAGAAGAAGGCCAUGUCAAGUACAUCUUUGCCUGGAAAGUCCUAGUCCUACAUGUUUCAAGUGGAGAUAAAGUGCUUGCCCUUAAUUAAAUUUUCUCUUUUCAUCUUUCUCUGUGUUAAGAUUUUGGCCUGCUUUUUGCAUUUGCAUCACUUGGAUGGGAGCUGCUCAUGCAAAAUCGCUUAUUAUUUCCUCUUUCUGCAUUAUUCUUUUCCUGCAUAAUCUGAAACUGUAGAAAUAACUUUUUUUUGAUGUAAACGGAUGUCUGUGAUGUUCUUGUAAGGAAGACACUAGAAGGAUCUGGAGAGUUCUUGGUAGCCUGUGAAGAAUAUGCAGAGACUAACACUAUAGUAUUCUGUUGGUUUUUCCUUUCCCUCUUUUUAUUACCUGUGAAAGAUAAACUAUGUAAAUAUAGUUUUGUCCGUACACUGCUGAAAAAUAGAAAAAGGCAUUGCACACACACGUAUGUGUACUGAAAAAGGAUAUGUUUUUAUUCUUUGAUAAUCAGUAAUUCUAGGCGCACUUUUUAUUCAGAGUAAUAAUCAGAGUAGUUUUAUGGAUA